AUGAAAAGCCUCUUCCGAAGGAGCGUCAGGAAUCCUGAAAGUAUCUCAGUGAUAGCAACAAACAACAGCAGUGGGGGAGCAGGUCAUAAUCAUCAGAGCAGCAGCAGCAAUCAUAUUAACAACAGUAAUAAUAAUGCCAGUAGUAAUAAUUCCUCUCCUAAUUCUGCGGGCUUGCCAGGAUCAAACUCAUCAUCAUCAUCACAAGGAUUAUCAUUUUCGUUUCUGUUACCAACUGCGGAAAAUUUAGCAAGAGAACCACCGUGUGGACUCGAGUUAUUGGAAUAUGCCAAUGGUGAUAUCUAUGAAGGAGAGGUGAAUUUGAAAGGACACCGACACGGCUCGAGUAAUUGUUGUUUUUCUGAAGAUGCUGAACGAGAAUAUCCUCCAAAUUUCAAUCCAUCACAACCUGCUAUAAAACAGUUUACAGGUAAAUGGUUUUCAAACAUGCCGUGUAUAGAUACUCCUGCUGUGAUCCAAUACUCCAAUGGAGAUCGAUACUGUGGUGCUGUCAUGGCAUUCACGGAAGAGCUUUUGGAUGACUCCAAUGUACUCUCAGAAUAUUACAAUCGCAAAACUGUGAGCUCUCCUUCAUCGGGUGUAUCUUCGUCACAAUCAUCUAACACAAGCACAAACAAUUCCAAUUCCUCUAAUAAUUCAAAGAAAAAGAAGUCACCGUUUUCAUUCAACAGUACAAGCGAAGCAAAUAAUAAUAUUUUCGGUAAUAUACCAUCAGGAGAAGAGGGCUUACCAUUCAUCAUGAAGCACGGAGAAGGAGAGCUACAUUAUGCAAACGGAUCAAAAUAUAAUGGAAGUUUUUUGAGAGACAUGCGUGAAGGUUUUGGAGUGAUGAUAGACAUGAAAAACGACACUGAAUAUUAUGGAAACUGGAAAGAUAAUGAAAAAGAAGGCUUUGGUACCAUGAUCUUCAAAGAUGGUACUGUGUAUGAGGGUGAAUGGAAAGCAGGUGCUCAAGGAGGAAGAGGAGUAUUGAGAUUACCAAAUGGUGAUAAAAUUAUUGGAGAAUGGAGUGGGAACAACAUCAAAAAAGCCACCUAUGAAAAAGGUACUAUACAGCAUGUUAAUAGCAAAUGUCAAGUAAUGCUUCUCAGAGAAGAAGUUAAGAAAACAGAGAAAAAUGACAGAACUACUUCAUUUUCACAUGUCACAACUCCAAUACUUGCCAAAGAAGAUCUUGUCACCCAACGAAAAUGGGACGGUCUUUUUGCAAGUUUUACAGAUUCCAUAAAUUAUGAAAAAGAGAAGUUUGCAAAUAGCUCAAUUGCAAAGUUUAUUGAAGAAAAGAAGAGUCAAGAAGAUACUGUGUCUCCCAUGUCAAGGAAGUCAAUUCAGGAUACUUUACAGACCUACCUUGAUGACGCAAUGGUUCGAAAAUUGUCGAAAAUUACAUAUGACAAUGUCACACAGAUUGUCCACAACACUGACGAAAUUUUACCAAUUAAUGGAGUUCUAUCAACAGCAACCAAUGACCACGUUCUAUCUAGAAUAAUUUCCAAAUUUGUUAAUCUUUUUAAUUGGAAAUAUCAUCAAAGUGAUAUCCAAUCCACGGUGGCUGCCAAAUACCAUAUUCCCCAUGCCCUUGACGACUUUCAUUCCUUUGUGAUAUUUUUGUUUGAGAAAACGUGUUUUAUUAUCGGCACAGAUGCUGUGGUAGUAUUCGGCCACAAAAGGCUCCUGUAUGAGCUGAAGGAUCAUGUAUUAAGUAGAAUUUAUAACGCAUUAUUCACAAUUUACAAGUUUUGUUAUCAAGAACAAGACAACAUGUAUAAAUUCAAAACUCUAGCUCUCUCAACAAUAUCCAUGAGAGAAUUGGGUGUUAAAGAAGGAUUCAUUCCAACAGACGAAAUUGUAUUAUUUGAAAAUCCAUACGACCAAUGUAUUAAGAAACUUCGACAAAUUUCCACACAAAACACGACGGCUCAUGCAAAAUUGGAUGUGCUUGUACAAGUUGGAAAAGAAUUGAUCACAGCUAUUGACUUUAUUGAAGAGAAGAAACGAGGUAAAAUAUCGGAUCGAGGAGCUGAUGACACCCUUCCCGUGUAUCUCUAUGUUUUCAUCCAAGCACAAAUUCCAAAUGUAUUUAGCACCUUUAAAUUCUUACUGGAUUUUAUGGAUGAAAAAGCUCAAACCACAGAGCAAGGCUACCGAUUUUCUGUUUUUGAAAAUGCCAUUCAAUACAUUCCAAUGAUUGACUCGUCGAUACGAGAUACCAAUGGCAUUCUAGUUCCAACCUUUGUGUUGGAGGAUCGGCUGGAGAGUUGUGUGAAAAAGAUUAGAAAAGAAUCAAAAGAGGUUGGUGAUGCUCCUCGGCUCUUAUGGAUGAGCUCUUUAUUUAUUGUUGUUGGAAGCACACUCUCUGAACAGUCACAAACGCACGCUGGUGGUAGUACUGCUGGAACUCCAAAUGUUAUUCCAAUUACCCACAAACAUCAUAAGGAAUUGUUGAACAGAUAUUACAAGCAUGCAGAAAGAAUUCUCAAAUGCAUUUCGCUACAACUGGAAGCUCAAGAUUUACCUUCAUCUGUGCCAACAACUCCCACUGCAGAUACUCCUGUUUCUCCAAGAGAGCAAGAAGAAGAUUGGACUCCGCUCCAAAAGAAAAUGUCCAAUGCUGAUAACACUCCAAGGAUGACCACCAAGCAAUUCAGCAUUGUUGUGGAACAGGUGUAUCCAAGUCAUAUUUACUUUAAACUCGCCAGAAAACUUGAAGAAUUACUGGAAGAACAUUAA